CGUAGGCGCGUAGCCGCGUAGCACGCCUACGAUAUAUUGUAGCGAUUUUUUUCUUGCUGCGUUUUUUAACGUAGUUAGGUGUAGUUUUGUAGUGUUUUUUAUAUGAAGUGCGUGUGUUGUACAGAUUCUAGAUAAUAAUUAAAUCAUUCAACAUUUUACAAAAUAAUUUUAUAGUAACGUAACUUUAACGUUCUUGUAAAGACAAAACAAAACACUGUCUCAAUAAAAAAGAGUCAAAAAAUAGAUCGUUUAAUUUCCCAAUUUUUAAAUUUAACUGCCUCCAACCGCAAAACAAAAACGCAUCUUAUUCCAAAUUCAAACUCUAGAAUCAUCUUAAAACAAAACAAAAUCGCAUAAUUUUCGAACAGUCUCAAAUGUUUUUCCAAAAUACAAUGACAAAUGACUCGAAGGCUGGUUCGGAGCCUCCCCGGGAGUCCACGGCAAAGGGCUCGUGGUCCCGUAAACCGAAUGACGUCAAAUUCGAGUUUGGGUUUGGAGUUCCAUUGGGUGCCAUGUCUGCUCAUCCUGCCUUUCAUUCAGCUUGGGAUCUUGGCUGUCCGUCAUCCGGUUUCCACCAAAUGGCCAGAAUGAUGGACCGUAUGAUGGUUGAGAGCCUCCAGCCUUUCGGGUUCGCGCGCAUGACAGCCAGUCACAGUGGGGAUAAGAAGGGGGACUCGGAUCCACCGCGGGAUGGGCUGAGGACAGAACGCAGUGAAACUAGGCGGGAGCGCGCGAAGGCCAUGCCCCAAACACAUGCCGCUUUGGGGACACGACAUCCUCCCACGCAAGUUGUCAAACCAGUAGUCAACAUCACCGACAAACCAGAUCUACCAAAACAAACUUCAGAUCCAACCACAGAGAAAUGGGUGGGGACGCUCCGACGCCGCGACGCCACCAUAUUACCUUCAAUAAGCAGAAAGGCAUCUUUAGGCAGUGGAAGAUUGAUCAGCAGAUCAGUGGACAGAAUGCCUCGGACAGGGGGACGGACCCGACCACUAAUUCCUAUAAAACCGAGACUCAGAAAAACAGACGUGCCCAACGAAACACCUGACGUCACAAUAUUUGAGAAGGAUGAGAAAGUGUUCGAUGCGACAGGAUAUGAACUACAUCUAGUGGAGACUUUGGAAAGAGAUAUCUUGCAGAGAAACCCUGAUGUUCGCUGGAAAGAUGUCAUAGGACUGGAUGAUGCGAAGUCCGUUCUGCAGGAGGCCAUGGUUCUACCGCUAGUUAUGCCUGAUUACUUUAAGGGCAUCCGUCGUCCCUGGAAGGGUGUACUCCUCACGGGCCCGCCAGGCACGGGCAAGACAUUGCUAGCCCGGGCAGUAGCCACCGAGUGCCGCACUACAUUCUUCAACGUGUCUUCUGCAACCCUCACCUCGAAGUACAGAGGGGAUUCAGAGAAGCUGGUGCGACUGUUGUUUGAUAUGGCAGCAUUCUACGCGCCUAGCACGAUAUUCCUCGACGAGGUGGACUCUCUGUGCGCGGUGCGCGGAGCCGACUCCGAACACGAGGCUUCGAGGCGGUUUAAGGCUGAACUGCUCAUACAGAUGGAUGGAUUAGCUGCGGCUUUCCACCGAGACAAAAUAAUAAUGGUACUAGCGGCGACGAAUCACCCGUGGGACAUCGACGAAGCUUUCAGAAGACGGUUUGAGAAGAGGAUCUAUGUUGGUCUGCCAGAUGAGGCCACAAGAAUACGCCUUCUAAAGCUUUGCCUGCGAGAUGUGGUGCUUCACGACAGCGUGAGUCUGCAGGAUGUGGCUGGCCAGCUAGAAGGUUAUAGCGGCUCAGAUAUCAGCAACCUUUGCAGAGACGCAGCAAUGAUGACGAUGCGUCGCAAGAUAGCCGGCAAGAGUCCAGACGAAAUACGACAGCUGAAGAGAUCUGAACUCGAAGCGCCGGUCUCCGCUGAAGACUUGAGCAUUGCUAUCGAGAAGACUAGGCGGACAGUAUCAGACGCGGACGUGAGCCGGUACAACUCGUGGAUGUCGAAGCACGGCUGCUCCUAGCGGCGCGCCUGGGCUCUCCGGGCCCUGCUGCAGCGACUGCGCACCGACUAGGUCUUCUAGUAUCUGCGCCGUCUGUUAGGCUGAUGAUCUUUAAAAAUAACUGAUCUUUGGAAUGCGCAGACUUUUGAUACCCUGUUUGGUUAGUUGGUAGGAUUAUUUUGAAUUUAAUGAUGUCAUUGAAUUUAAUGAUGUCAUUGAAUUUAAUGAUACGUCUUGGUUUCGACAUUGUUAUGGGACUUAAUUGGAUCCAAAUUUUGGGAUAUGGUAUUUAUUUGGGGUAUUUUAACAUAUUAAAUUUGUCUAGAUUUUGGCUGAUUUGGCUUAUUUUAAAAUGGAUUGGCAAAAGUUACACUUUGAUAUUUUUUACGUGAAAAAAAUAUGACAAUGUGUAGAGAAAAUUAAUUAGAAAUAUUGGUAACCCUUCAACUAAGCAAAAAUUGUUAGUGCUAAUAGCGAGUUUACCAUGAUUUUUGCAAAAUUAUUUAGGUCUUAUGUGGAGAAAUUUAAAAUAAUAUUUAUUGCAGUUUUUUAGCUGCAUUUUAAUGGGUACAAAUGUUAGUCUGCGUAAAUAAAAAAAGAGGAAAACUUAUUUUUUGAAAUCUGAUCGUCAGCCUAACUUCAUAUCGUUCGGGUAACUAAGUUAAGGAAGACAUUUGGACUGAAUUCAGUGAUUUUAAAAUUAAUAAGUGAAAAUUAAACGAUUUUAAUAUUGAUGAUGGACGACUCGCGUUGGAUUUUCGUACUCACUUUUGAACCGGUGUGGGGAUUGACUGUGUUUUAUAAAAUAGUGGGGGGAUAGGGGAAGGGUUAAUAUAUCGGAAUAGUUCUUAAAUGGAGUUGACAAGUUGUAUAUUUUUUCCACAAUCGCAAAUUUAUUUCACCGACGUGGUGUACAAUGUGUUGUUGCUCUGAAAAUCACUCACGGCAUAGCUUGCUAGAUUGACUAUGCAAUGAUGUCAUAAAUUCAGGGAAUAUGAACAACUUCUGAACUACAUAUUUCGAAACUACACACUCCAUUUAUUUUCUACUCCGGUAUAUUAGGCGGGGUUUACAUUGCUUUGAUGAAUCAAUGUGGCUUCAAUUUGAAUUAAGAACAUGCCUCUCGGUUUUCGAGUGACUAUUACGUCAUCGGCGCAUUGAGCAAAUAUUUAUUCAACAAAGCAAAGUUUUUAAUUAUAGAUUUUGAUAUAAUCUACAUAAGAUGCACAUUGAACCGAUAGUAUUAGUUAAAACAUUGUAAACGAAUGAAGAAGAAAUACAGGAUUGUGGAAAUUAUAUUAUUGAUUCUAGCAAUGAUAAGAUUUUAUUUCUUUAUUUUAAACUCACUGAUUGACGAAACACGCUAAAUAUUAGCAACAUGAAUGUAGUUUAUUUUAUCAUAUUUUAUUCCAAUAAACUCUCAAUAUUCUUAGAUUUAGUUUUUAAUUUAUUAAUUGAAAUUAUAUUGUAGCGGUAACUUUUAACUUAUGAUAUUUAUAAACGAUAUAUUUAUAAUCGAUCGCUUUCUUUAAUCGAUUUAUUUAUUCGCUUGCCUGGAUUUGACUAUCGGCUUUUGGCAAAUCAUGAUAAUUUGAUUUUAUCUCGACGAUAUUACACGGCUUUACUUUUGCUAUUUACUUAGUUCGAUAUUUAUAAAAAUGGGUGUUCGUUUGUAAUAAAACAACAAGAAUGGUCAAAAUCUGUUUAUUGAGGAAUGGCGUAUUAUAGUGUAGUUAUAAAUUUAUCUGUUUGUCUGCGUAAAUAUUUCAGUGUAAAAUGUAGCCGUAUCGUGCCGUUGGUUAACGUGUAGAUAAAGGAUUUUAAUAAAGCUCUUAUACAAAGUUUCAUA